AGGCCUUAGAGUCGAUGUAUGACGUCAAGACGGGGCUCAUGGGGCAUCGAAAGAAGAACAAGGAGUUCGUGGAUGAACCGCCUGAGACCUGGGGCGAUUGCUACACAGAGGGCUCGGCUUGGCAUCACUCCUUUCCACCCUUUGACUUGGAAACGCUGGCGGAACUCCACGGUGGGAAGCGACCGUUGCUGGAGAAGUUGGAGACGCUCUUCACGGUGCCAGCGGACUUCAAGACGGGCUCCUACAAAGCGGAAAUCCACGAAAUGCGCGAAAUGCGCAUGCUUGGAAUGGGUCAGUAUGCACACAACAAUCAGCCUGCGCAUCAUCUUCCAUACCUAUUCUCGAUGUUGGGCGAUCAAAACCGCACCGCUCGGCUGGUGCGGGACGUCCUUUUUCGCGCCUACUCGCCCGAGGGCUUCGCUGGGGACGAGGACAACGGGGAGAUGGGUUCCUGGUAUGUGCUGAGUGCCAUGGGCCUGUACCAGCCUGCCCCCGGCGUCGCGGAGAACUUCACGCUGGGCGCUGUGCCACUCUUCCCUCGCAUCAGGCUAUGGGAGCUGGACGUGACCGUGGAAGCGCCUUCGGCCAGCGAGGUCUACCCCAGCAUCCAGGCCGUGCUGUGGCGUUCCAAAGCCAUUGCUGGGACAUCGAUCUCCUACUCGCAACUGCGCACCGGCGGCAUCUUGCGCUUCUUGUCCCCAGAGGAUUCCUCCUUUGGCAACGUCGUGUCUUCCUUUCGAGGGGCCUUCCAACGAGCAGCAAAGCAGGUCCGCAGCAGAGCGGAGCGCUCCGUCGAGGGCGCGGCGGGUCAAGCGAGCGCGCUGCCGGCACCGUCGGCAGUGCUGGUGGAUGACGUGAUGGUCGACCCAGAGACCUUGACGAAGCGUCCGUUUGUGAGUGGCAUUGCCAAUGUUUCAGAGGCGUCACAUGGCAAUUUCCUCUCCAUCUGCAGCGUGGUGUUGGUCCUCGGGGCAGCCGUGCUGUCCUAUCGCUGGAGGCUCCGCUACAAGGGCACCAACCACACGCGGAAGGAGUGAGUCCAUGUGGCCAAGUGCCAUGCUUCGGUGGCUAAACGAUGCUCAAACGAUGGCUAGAUGAUGAUUAAAUGAUGGUUACUUGAUGGUUG